AUGGAUUCCCAUGGAUCCCAUAUUUCAGAGGAGGUCAUUGAUCUGGCCAAGAAGAACCAAAUCUUUCUUCUGACAUUUCCUUCUCACACUACUCACAUUCUGCAACCAUUGGAUGUAGGGGAAUAUGGGCAACUUAAAAGAUCAUGGGGAAAAUCUUUAAAUAGCUACAUGUUCAAGAAUCCAGGUCUCAGACCCAAUAGACCUGAUUUCCACAAAUUGUUGAAACCUGCUUACUACAGUGCUUUCAGUCCUGAGACCAUAUCAGCUUUUAGGAAGACUGGGAUAUAUCCAUUUAAUCCUGCCGCUGUGAGUAAUGAGGCAAUAGCAACAUCAAAGCUGACAGACAAACCUGCAGAAGACAACCUGGAACCAGCAUUAGAUGAUUCAGAAAGUCAUUCAGAGGUGAAUGAACUUCUUGCUCCUCCUGCCUUAACAGAUGAUGGGAACAAAUGA